UUUGAAAAUGCAAACUUUAGGUGAUUUACAUAAUAAUUUCUUGGGUCCAAAAUGAUGACAUGAUUCUCAUGGGUUCCAGAAAAAAGCUUUGUUACUAUCUUUUGGAUCUACUUCUUGAUUGAGUGCAUCUAGUUUCAGAAAAUUCUUUAAAAAAAAAAAAAAAGAUUUCACCAAUAAGGAAAUUAGGCGUGGAUUUGGUUUUCAUAGAAUUUAUCUAUUAUGUUUGAUCUUUGAGGUUCUGGGAUUGCGUGAAUUUGCUUGAGAUGUUUCUGCUUGCCUUCGAGUGAUUUAAUUGAUAAGAAAUUUCAACCUCUUAUGGUUUUAUAUUAAAAAACGGGUCUAAUAAAAAUUGCGAAAUCUUUGUUGGAUUCGUAAAAGUGAAAGCCAUUAGUUUAUAAGAAAGUAGACGGUCAUGUACCCCCCUGUUUCAACUAUUUUUUCCUGUUCGAUGACUGAGCUUCUUUACUUGGUUAAAGAUCACUUUGUUGGUCCUGUACUUCUUUAAGCCAAAUGGUGGAGUCAUGUAGUUCAGCUUGAUUGGGGAAAACCGUGGACAACAACCGGAACUUCCUUGGUAAGUGUCAGGAUUAUUCCAUCUUAGCUGUUGAGCUCAUUCGUGGCAGAAGGAAUGGCAACUUUAGCCCAUUCAACAUCUUUCUUAUCGGUGGGUAGUCUAUCCUCUGACCACCAUAAGCAAUUGAAAUUGUGGAAAUUCCAAAAGCCACUAACAAGAAGAGGCUUCAAGCGCCUUGCUCUUUGCUCUUCAAAUAUGACCCCGUGGGAACCUGCGGAGAUUGCGUAUGCUCCUGCUAGCGAUGCUGAAGGUAGAUUCUUGCAGAAGUCUGGCACUAUAUUUGAAGCCCUGAAUUCAGAGAAAACUGAUGAAGCUACAGCAAAAAAUUCCAAAGAGGAUGCAAGUCAUCGGCCAAUGUUGCUGCUCCCCUACCUGAGAUGGACGGUGUGGCUUUUGGGACCUCCCAUUCUGUUAGCAACAGGCAUGGUGCCCACCUUGUGGUUACCAGUUUCGUCAAUUUUCCUCGGCCCAAAUAUUGCCAGCCUUCUUUCAUUGACAGGACUGGACUGCAUUUUUAAUCUUGGUGCAUCCCUGUUUCUCCUCCUAGCUGAUUCUUGUGCUCGUCCAGAAAAUUCUGGACAUGUUUUCGGCAGUAGGCCUCCUGUUAGUUAUCAGUUCUGGAACAUGGUUGCAAACAUAAUGGGCUUUGUUGUUCCGCUGUUGACGAUGUUUGCUUCUCAAAAGGGUCUGCUUCAGCCUUUUCUGCCUCCUAUAUCAUAUUUGGUUCUGUUGGGUCCCUACCUUCUCCUUCUGUCUGUACAAAUACUGACAGAGAUGCUUACAUGGCACUGGCAGUCGCCAGUAUGGUUGGUGACCCCUGUUGUGUAUGAAUCUUAUCGGUUAUUGCAGCUGAUGAGGGGGCUGAAGCUGGGAGGUGAGCUCACUGCACCAGCAUGGAUGUUGCACACCAUCAGGGGACUGGUUUGUUGGUGGGUGCUCGUUCUUGGCAUGCAGCUCAUGAGGGUUGCGUGGUAUGCUGGUUUUACAGCUCGUGAUCGUCGUCAAAAAGAGCCUUCAGUGCUUGUUGGUGGUAACUAGUUUGUAGGGCCAAGCCAUUUUGCUGGCUGCAUAAGCAAAUUGUAAGUAACAACUGAAUUGGUAUAGGUUGUAUACGUAGAGCAAGGCAAUGCCUUCAUACUUUGUUUGGUUCAUGAGCAAACCAAUGUUCAAGCAUUGCGUGUAUGUCUCAGUUAUUGCACUUGUGAUGUUUAAUUUUGAUUUGUCUUGCAUUUA